AUGCUGCGUGGCACUAUUUGGUGGGUUUUGCUUGCCAUCGGGUCAUACCUUUGGCGAGUUACUCACAACUAUGUGGCGUGUGUCAUUCACCGAAUUCCUCUCGGGGAUCUUCAAAUCGACCUUGUCGCAUUUGAAGACCCGUUUCCUGGUUCUUUGGAGCCUGGGCGUUCACCUCCACUUGAACCAGCCCGAAGGGUUUCGUUGUGGGAAAUUACACGUCAACGCUUGUUGCCAGGAGUACCUGUAUUCGAACGGGAUCCUGCCAGAAAUCUUCAGUGGCUUUCUGACCAGGGUCGCCGUCUGGUAAGCUUCAUAGAGAACCCCAAUGCGCCAGAUUGUCCCGUUUUGCCAGACACUCUGACUUACGGCCAGCUCGAGUCAAUGUCUGUUAUUCGUCGCCAAAGCCUCUGCAGUGAUAGAUUAACUAUCAACAGUCUGCUUAGUUUAUGGGACGGACCUCGCCCACAGAUUUGGACUAGAUGGAGAGUCACUUUCGCUAAUGGGUCUGGAAGCUUCCACGGGUAUACUGCAGAGGGAUUUAUCAUAAUGGCCUAUAUAUAUCGCCAACUCGGGGCUCAAGUUCCCCAUAUCAGUAGUACAAGUCUUGCCUUAUACCGCCGUGAGCAUGGCUCAACGGAUAGCUUGGUCUGUAUCUUUGUCUAUGCUAUAGUCAAUGAGCAGACCCUUUCCCUGUUGAGUCUUUAUGGACAUGAGGGUAUCACAGUUGACUAUAGUACGCCGCGAUAUUGGGAGAUCUUGGGGACCCGAAUUGGUCGUGUGGUUAGUUGCCUGGUGAUUGAGGCUUUCCCUCGUGGAACGGUCCUUAUUGCUAGAAUUGUAGUUUCAUAUGAGUUUGGCACGUAUGACCUUCGGUUUGACAGCCCUUGA